AAAAAAUGGACUGAGCUCGACCACAACUUCCCCCCUGCUGCUCUACCCUGGCUUUCUUUGUAACACUGCGUCAUCACCACACUAAACCAACCUACUCGUCAGCCCUGCUCAACCUAUAUGCUGGUUACUGACUGAGCAGUCCGACACCCGGUAAAAAGAGCUUGUCGCCGCUGUCUACUGUUGCGGUGUGUCCUGUUGGAUCCUUGUUGCUGUGACAAUGGGAGGCAGAUUCCAGGUUCUUUCAGCUCUUCCUUUGUGGUUGAGCUUUGGCAGCGCUGCGGCCCUGGUUGAGCCUCAGAUCUGCUACAUCCUGGACGCCAUCUUGUUUCUAUACGGUAUCAUCCUUACCGUGCUAUACUGCAGGAUCAAGUAUUUCACACAGAUGGCUCCGGUGACUGGGACUGGGAGAGCAAAGCCAGUGAAUGCAGAGGAGAGCAUCUAUACGGGAUUGACUCCUCACACUGCAGACACCUACCAGACCAUCGGUCAGAAGAAAGGACUGCACUAGUCGAGGAUGAGUUGAAGAAAGAGAAAGUUUGAGUCUUUCCAUUUGUUAAAUCACUUUUGUCUUUCCAGGUAUUUCCCAUGCAUAUUAUGUAUUUUAUUUAACAUAGCUUUUGAGCGAAAAUGUAACGUUUUUUAAAAAACAUUUAUCUGCAAUUCAUAUGUGAAAGCCUCCUUUGUAUGUUGUGGUAUGUGUCUCGAAAGAGAGAGAAACGUGAGAAGAGCAAAAGAGGGAAGAAGUUGAGCAGUGGGUAAAAAUGUAUUUACGAUUGUUUUGACAGUAGCUAGGUUUGCAUUCAAUUUGCGACAGAUUUUCAUGUAAAUAUUAUAAAAUCUGCAUCAAAUAAUAUGCGCAUUUUCCCACCAGAUAUGUUUUACUGGUUUUAUGAGGAUACAAUCCUGUGCGUGAUGACGUAGUGCACGUAAAAAUAUAUUUUACGGUUAAAUUCCCAUGUACCGAAUGAAAAAUACAAUUUUUAUCGCAUUUUCGACUCUACUGAUAAUUAGUCACAAAAACUGUUGCAUUGAAUAGCAAAUGUACCGGAGUUGGUCUUGGCACAUGCGCUCUAGCCAACACCUAGGUGCGGGUAGGCUACCUAUUAUGAGAUCAUUAUGAAUAAGAGCGAUAUUAUUUGUAUUGGUGAAACCUAAUCAUCGUUCGUCAUCUCACCGGCAUAAGCCCCUCGAUGUUAAUUGUAUAGGAGCAAGCAAGCAUUCACCACCCUGUGAAGUUCAUUAUUUAUUUCAUCUGUAGCCAAAUAAACUGCAUGCUUUCCCUAGUCGGAGUGGGAGAACCACACAACAUAUAAUUUCGUGACUCCCAAAUUUACUUCGAUAUGAUGGUUAUUAUAUCAAUAUUUGGGGGGGGGGGGGGGAAUCCCGGCACAACACCGGCAUUUCAUGUUUCAAUAGCCCGGUCGUGACUUUUUUCAUGCGGCAGGUAAUUAAUCUGCAUGAAAUGGUUGGAUGGAAAACUUGUUUGUGCAGCCUGUCUUCUUUGUAUGAUACUUAUACGGAGGUAUUUUAGAUCUAGCUCGAGAUUGAUCUUUUUGGUAUUUUCAAAACGAAGGUCUCAAAUAUGUUUUAUAUAGGUUCAUAUACCGUUUUAUCAAAUCAUGUACAGUUUUUAACUAUUGAUAUUGGUGUUCUGGGUAUAUUUUUGGUAUUUUCAAAGUUUAUAUGGUGCUUUUAUAAUACACUCUAAUAAAAUAUCAAAACUGA